AUGAAGAUAGGAGGAAACAGAGGGUGAACAUUGGUUAUUUUAAGAACAUUUCAUCACAAUGCUGUUGCAUCAGCUGAAAAAUCCUUGGAACAGUUAAUCAUGGCCUCAUCACAAACCAGUCACAGUAAUGAUGUGACAGAUAUUAGCCAUGUAUUGGAAAAUUUGGGAAGUUUGAUUGGGGAGUUAAAUUCCUUAGAGGUCAACAAGGUAAGUAUGGAAGAAUGUGUAGCAUGACAGUUCUUUCUUUGGGGAUAAAAGGUAGACUUGUGCCACUUUUUGUAAUAUAUGAAUAUCCUCAAUAAUUUUUUGUACCUAUUUAGGUUGAUGAGGUUAAUGACAGUAGUGAAGACUGUAAGUACUGCACAAAAGACCUAAAAUACUUAACAUUAAUUUACCCCAGGGUGGGUACUCCGGAUUUCAAGUGACGGGGAUGAUUGAAGGAUUUUUGGGGUUUGAAAUUUUCAAUUAUGGGAUUUUUUUAGGGUGGAAAAGUUUGACAAGUAGUUUGGGGGGUAGCUUGAUUUAAGUAGGGAUUUUUUCGGGUAUUCAAAACAAUCUGAAGAUUUAUGAUAGUUACUACGUAUCCCAGUCAUGUAGUUCCGUGAAUAAAUUCUUAUGGCUAGGAAAUAUUCGGCGUGGGAUUUUUUGGGGGUUAAAUUUUGGUCCAGCGAUUUUUUUGGGUUUUGAUUUUUGCCCCCAUUCGAUCAUACCUGUCACUUGAAAUCCGGAGUACUCCCUCUGGGUAAUUUACUGUAUGGCUUCUGCAGUGAUUCCACUCAAAGACCAAUAAUAUUAUUGAUCACAGAUUCUAAUGAUCUCCACAUUGACACUGUGACACUGAAACAUUGCCAGAUAAUUUUGGGAAGGGAAACAUCUGUAGUAUUUGAAUUUCAGAGGGUUAAUAAGACACAGAUUUCCACAUUUAUACAAGGGUUUCUCUCUGGAUGCAUUUGUAAGGUGGCUUUAACAUAACCCUCUCAUAGAUCUGAUGUUGGUUUUCUUCGAAUUAAACUUUGUUUUUUUUUUCGUAUUUGCCUUUUUUUUUUUUUACGUAUAUACCGCUCAUUUGUUUUUUUAUAUAUCAUAGCUCAUUAUGCCACCGACUUGAGUUUGGAAUCACUGACAGCUGAUACUGAUGAGUUAGAUAGCCAAGACCAGAAGUUUCUAAUUCCUCAUCAAGUUCAGAAAUCCCAUUAUGGUUCCUUCAGUCAGGAUAACUUUAUAGCACCACAGCAUGUAAAUAACACCUGUGAUCAAGUUUAUUAUAGGCCUAUGGGUGAUGCAAGCUGUGACAAUCACAAUUCAAUGGCAGCAGGAUUAAGACCCAAUGAAGAUCAUCCUUCUCACACGAAUGCUGUACAGUCACAAAUUUCUCCAUAUUCAAUGACACAUCGGCCUACCAAUCAUUUUUCUAUUCAGUCAGGUGCAAGAGCUAAGGAAGACAGUACCUCCCUGUUUAAGUCUCUACAUUCACAAAAUUCAACAUCACAAGGACAGAUAAAUCAGUUUUCUGAGCCACCACCUGGAGCAAGACCCAAAGGAUUAAAUGAUUCUAACUCUAGCUCUUCACAAUCACAUAACUCAGAAUCAUCCAGCAAACAAGCUGAUAAGAGCUACUAUUCCAUGCCUUCAAGCAGAGGAGGGCAUAAGAGUGCUGUGAAGGAAGUAGCUCUUGGUGGGCAGGUUCAUGGAAGUUUCAAAAAGCUUGAUGAAGAUUCUAAGGCUUCUGUAGCUCUAAACUGUGUUGACAUCCCACAUUCACAUCCUAAAGCUGAACCUAAUCAUUAUGUUGCCCCUGGUCAACUUGGUCUUCCAAGACGCACUCAAGUUCAGAGGAAGCCAGAUGCUCAAGGAAGUAACAUGGUCCAAGAUGUUAGAUUCACAAAACUAAGUGGAUCACAGGUAUGGAUAUUCUAGUCAAAUUCAUGGCUGCACUGCUUGUAAACCAGCUGGGUAAAAUAGUUAGAUUUUAGAGCAGUAGGUCCAAGAUGGAUUUCUAGCCAGAACAGCAGCUCUGUCUUCUGGUUAGACUUACAGCUUUUCUGGUAUAAGCACAAAAAUUCAAUGACCAGGGUGCAAAGAAAGUCAGUUUUACAGCUUGCCAUUCGGGCAAGCUGUAGCUAGCAUGUACUAGCCCAAAAGUCAUUUCAAUUAGCCCGAAAAAAAUUUGAUGAGCAGGAUUGAUUACAGUUCUUCUGUUCUUCAAAUUUAUAAAAAAAUAUCACUUGCCCAUCGGGCAAGUUAAAAACAGAAUUCACUAGCCCGAUAGCAAAAUCCACUAGCCCCGGGCUAUCGGACACCACUUUCUUAGCACGCUGAUGACAAUGUGUCACACUUACUGGUCUUAGGCAACGUCGACACAAAUCUGGAUAUUUUUGAAACCGUAUAAUGUUAUUUUAAAUGAAUCGGCUUUUUGUCCACAUGAAACAGUGAACCUGCUCACUGAAUCUGUAUGUUUUUGAAACCACUCACCAGAGUGGUUUAGAGCCCCUUCGAUACAAAUCUGGGUAACAAAAUAUGCAGUUUAAAAAAUGUGCCAAUUUUGUGUGGGCGGAGCCUUAAUCUUGUGGGGAUACAAUACUGUUAACACUUUUAGUCCCAGUGAUCAACCCCAAUUUUUUCCUGACCAUAUCAAUAUGUGAUUAAGUAGAGAGGUUACUCUUUUACAACAUUCUCAAUUAAUUCUUCAAGGAAGUCCAUGUAUAUCAGCCAAGAAAAAAUGUAUAUGGACUCUUAUAAUCCACCAUCAAGUGUAAUAACGAUAACCAAGCAUGACAUUUUCGUUUUUCACUCAUUGGCGGUUUGACUGCAUUUUAUUGUUGGCAAGUGACGCUAAAUGUUAAUAUUAAUUUUGAUUCCAGGAAGUUCCAGUGAAUGUGUACAAUGAGGAUGAUAAACCUAUUGGGUUACUUGUAAGCUCCAGUAUGACUGCCAGAGAAGCCUGUCACAAGCUUGUGCUAUUAAACAAAGCUGAAGAUGACCCUCAAUGGGCGCUUGUGGAACAUCUGACUGAUUUGGGGCUUGGUGAGUACCCAAAGGCAUUCCCCAAACCAAAAAAAAGGAAACCUUAAUGAAAAUGUUUGAAAACACAGGGCAAGAAGUUUUGUCAGAAAAAAUGUGCACAUGACAAUCCCGAAAGAUAAUAUGGGAUAUGAUCAAUACAUUGUUCCUAAUGACUGUAGCUGUACUUUUGUUGCUUGCAUUUAGCACUCGCAAACAUAUGUCGGUAGCCUCCAGUGCCAUUCUUUCAAAUUUCUUUGAAGAACAGUGUACUCAAAACCACCCACAAUACCUUUCAGGAUUGUCGCAUGGACUUUCUCUGACAACCUUUCUCGAAAUAACUGUAUGCGUAACAGCUAUCCUCAUGACAACUGGCACAUUUUUCAUAAUAUGCACUGAUCAACAAUAAUUAUUAUUUUACUAAAUUAGUACAUCUAUCUUAAUGAUAUUCUUUUUCCUUAAUGAAGAACGUCACAUAGAGGAUCAUGAAAAUAUCAUGGCCAUUCUGAACACAUGGGCACCUCACUCCAAUAACAAGUUAUUGUUCAGGAAGGACUCUUACAAAUACCACUUCUUUGCACAUACAUCUGUAAGUCUGUGUUUUCUUUUUUUAGAAGUUAUCUUGGCACUUUGAAUGUGAAUGAAACUUGUACUCUUAAUAUUAGGGAGCUUAAGAAUCUGCGACAUCAACAGCAAUGAGAACAUUAAACAUAAUAAAUUGGUUUUAUGACUGUGUAAAAUAACAGCUUUACAUGCAGCAAACUUUGUGGUACAUUUCUCUAAAGUAUUGCGUGAAUGAAACUUCCUAAUGUUGCAUCUAGUAUAGUAGAUAGUAUAUUAGUAUAAGAACUCAAAAUAUUGUUUUAUAUGUUGUGGUUCAAUUUUAUCCUUGGUUUAAUGAUUUUUACUUCCCUUAAGUUUGUUUUAAACUCAUUAUCAUACAUGGUCGUACCCCAAACCAAAGGGAAAUAAAAUUUAAACUAAGGACAAAAUUGAACCAAAACAUAUACUUGUGUAUCUGAAGUGAAGUUAGUAUUUCUUUGUGUUUCUCAUGCAGAACUAUUUUCCACCUCAUUUGCUGGAUUCUGAAAACUCUGAUAAGGCAGUCACUGAGAAGGCUCAGAAAGCCAAGACAAUCUUACAUCAGGUACAUGGGAGAUUUUUCAAAACUUGUAUAGAACUAGCACUUUUUUAUCACAAUUGACAGGUCCCACUGACUUUGAGCAUUAAAUGAAUUUGUUUCACUUAGUUCCGAGUUCAGUUCCUCCCUCAUGCUUGUAAAUAGCCAACUGGUUUGUGUCCUUCCAGUUCGGUUUGAAGUCAUGUUAUGUUUAUUUUGGAUUGUACUCUCACAGAUCAUUGACGGCAUUUUUAGUUUGUUGAGUGUUUUUAACAUGAGCCUCUGGCUCGGAAGAGUGUGCAAAUACUUUCCACGUCUUCGUCAUUAAAUAAAUUAUUCUAUUCUAUUCUAUUGACCUGAUAAUUUGGUCAAUCAAGUCACUAUUGGGUCAUCUGUUAGUUAAGCCGUGAUUUUAUUGGCUAUCACAUGAAGACUCUAAAUGUCUUUAGUGCAUUUCGCUUUUCUUUGGGCACAGUUAUAAUCAAAGUUUAAUACCAUCAAGAUGUGAUACAACUCACUUUGACCCUUAAGAUGACCACCACACAGUGUUCCAAAACGAUAUUCACUGUUGACAACAGUCCUAUUUCCAGACCAUCAUAUCCCACCUACUUACUCCUGGGUUCAAACCUUUCACCAAGAGUGGAUUGCUUCUUAUUGUAAAUCUGGGGUUUAUUUCACUCUAGAAACUCUUUAGCACCUGUACCCGAGUUCCCGAAGUGGAAGGACCAUUACAUUGCAAGGAGUUUGGAAAGAAAUCCUGGAGCAAGAAAUUUAUUUUCUUGAGAGGGUCAGGACUUUAUUCAUCAAGUAAAAGCAAAUCAAAGGUAGAAUCACAACUAGUUUCUUUUUUUUCUCUCUAUAAGUCUCUACGAUAUUUCCCUUACUUAAUCUCCAGUCUCUGAUAAGCUACCCCCACCCCGCCCGUCUAGAAAGUUUCCUCCCCCCACCACCCAAGGGAAAGCAGACUAUCACGUUAUAUGCGACAAGGUUUUUGCAAGAAUUCCUUUAGCUCAAAGCUAUGUUCUUACUAUACUAGAUAGCUUUUCCUGCCGGCACGAUAAGCUGUCUGUUAUAGUAAUAACAGUAACCGCACAGAACUGGAACAAGUCGUUCACACAUAUCGAACAUGUGCCGGAGCGGUUGGCCGAGAAGAUUCCCAGUCUUCACUCCUGAAUAUUUACUUUCGUGAAAGCGGAUCCCAGUCCUCACUCGUACUUAUUCACCUCCGCUACUAUCCGAAAACCAGUUCACAGUGCACCGAAGCGUAGCACAGAACCUAUCCGGUAUGUGACGCCUCACUUUCGAGACCGGCGCGUCGCAGCGUCGCUCCGUUACUGAAAUCGCGCCAAAAUCAGCCGUUCUUAUGUGUGAACAAACGCCCCAUUCGGUAUGGUUUUCGUGCUGGUGCGAUAGCUGUCCAGUAUAGCGUGAACAUUCGGCAUACAGCAGGGGCACCCAACUAGAACACAGUUCAAAACCACUUAAACAUAGCAUUGUUAAACGUAUUUUAGUAUUUAAACGGUAGAUAUAGGCAUAUUAUUAUCCCCUAAAAUUUUUUUUAUCUGUUCGGAUUUCCUAGCUGAAAGUCUAGUGAUCCGAAAAUUAUAGGGAUCAAAACUUACCUUUUCGAAAAUUUUAGCUAGGAAAAAGGCUCCCGAAAAUUCUAGGUGACCUUUUUAGGGUAAAAAUCCGUUAAAAAUAGGCAAUUAUACCAUUUUUUAGAAGUUCGAAAAUCCUACGAGAGGCAGGCAAGCAAGAAAUUUAACAACAAAUGUUCCGAAAAUUCUAGAUCUCAAAUCGUCUUCAGAACAGAUAUUUUCCGAAAAUUGAAGUUGGGUGCCCCCGAUACAGGUAAAAUGGAAAACAAAAACGUGCAACUUGUUUUGCAACAUUGCUGCGUAAUGAGUCGACUAGUGAUGUUGCGCGUUUUUCCACCCACGAAUCAAACCUGUCUUGCAACAAAUCAGCUUACUGCAGGUUGUGAAAAGUUGUUUUAGAAACUAGAGAAAAGUUUUACUUUUUGCAACAAAAUUUGUAUAUGUUGCGCGUUUACCCAUCCACAUCCCUCGUUUUACCGGUCCGAGGCAAACUUGUUUUGCAUCAAGAGAGGUAAAUUCCACGGACCAUGUGACGCAUAAUUUUAUCCAAUCAGAAGUCAGUAUUCACGCAAAAUUGCAACAACUUGAUUUGUUGUAAGGUGGGUGGUAAAACUUGCAACAUUGCUUUCCAUCUCAUGGAACAAGUCGCAUGGUUUUUUUUUUUUGCCCUUUUGACCGUAGCUUUUAACCGAAAGUGUUAAAAUUAACGCAAUAUGUUUUAUCUUGUGUAAAUGUCUAGACUAGCAUACGUGUUUUACACGUUGUCUUUGCUUCAAAACUGUUUUCCUCUGUGGCUUGUGUUGUUUUUCAGGCAUCCAAAGAUUUGGAAAGCUACGUGCAGUUUGACGGAGCGAAUCUCUACAGCAUUCUUUACCCUAAAAAGUCUCACAAGGCGCCUACAGAAUUCUGUUUUUGUAUCGUGGUGAGUGAAUGACUGACCAAAACGAACCCUAGUAGACCAGAGGAAACGUCUUACUUAACUAGUUCCCAGGAUCCUAGGGCGAAAUGACGGUUUGAAAACCGAAGGAGCAGGUUCGGGGCACGAGUCGGUGAAGCUGGCGAGUAGAAUGGGGCCCGGGUGGGCUACUUAACAAAGUUCUAUACGGGGAGGCUCCACGACGAGGCACAACCUCUCACCCAGGUUUUAUAUACCAUUUUGACAGAAAACGAGCCCCCUUCGUAUACAUUCUUUUGACAUAUAGUACUCCUUUCACAUACAGUCUAAAAUGCUGCAUCGCUAGACUAUGAAGUUUUCUUGACAUUUUUCAAGGCCAUAAAAUGCGUUCAUUAGCCUUUUCAGUCCUUUUACGGACCACAACGACUAUCCUUUUAUCAUACUUCAACUCGUGAAUUCCGCACCCUUUCAUAUGCCUCGCGCCUGAAAAAGGUACCCCUUUAAGGCGGAACCUCCCUAUGUAGGCCAUUGUAGGAAGUACCCCCCUCCCCCUCCAAAAAGAAAAACCACUACCAAGAAAAACACCACUUCCAAGAAGUUUCAUUUUAGUGAUAACACCUUAACAUCAACAGACUUUGUCAGUACUUGUGUCCAUAAUCCUGUUAAAUGGACUCUCAGCGUGGUUUGUCUUGGGAGUUAAACUUACUUUUUCUGCUUUCUUUUGAUUGUGUAUUUCAAGUCGUAGUGUUUGUGUGAAAGGGGCUUUGACAAGAGGAUGUUGCUAUUUUAGGUCAAUUCUGAGCUGAAGUUAUCACUUCGUGCCCUAACAUAUACACAAAACGCUCCUGAAGAGUUGUAAAGAAGAUAUCAAACAGUUUUCAUCAGGAAGCGAUAACCAUGAAAAUUUUUUUUGAUGAGUUUUUCAGGCAUACCAACAGACGACAGGAAACACUGUUUCAGUGCCUAAAUAUACUGUGAAUCCUCUAUAAAGGCCCCCUCUCAAAUAAGCCCCCUCCCUCUAAUAAGCUCCCCCCCUCCUUUUUCAGGGGAAGAAAGUUAAUAAGCCCUCCCUCUCUAUUAAGCCCUCCUCCCCUUCCCUAUUUAUUCUUCACUAAUUAAUGAUAGACUGUAUUAAGCAACCACGACUGUAAGACUUCGUGUGGACUGAUUUGGGAUGGUUUAUUUACCAACUGGAGGAUCGGAUUUGAUUCUGAUCCUCGGCCUCAUGGCCUAAAUCUUCAUGUACUUGAGCUUUUCUACUUUGCAUUCUAGUUCUUUAUGGAGAACUGAUACCAUCGUCGUUUCUAAAUUACAUAAGCGCCCCCCCUCUCAAAUAAGCCCCCCCCCGUUUCUAUUAAGCCCCGCCUCAAAUGGGCUUCAAAUAAAUAAGUCCCUGGGGGCUUAAUAGAGGAUUUACGGUAGUUUUGGGAAAAAAAACUACCAUUAUUUCCAGAAUUCAAUUUAUGCGAAAAAGUUUUAGGUUUUCAAAAAAGAACGCAAAUAGCGUGGCCUCGCUCCUUUAACAAUUCCUUACAAUGUUGAUUUAAUGUCGAGAGAAAAGUCAUGACAAUAAAUAUAAUGAUCACCAAUGAGAAAAUGCUUUGGUCUUUUAUCAAAUUCUCUCAAUUAAAUCUUAAAGAAAUGUAUUGAGAUCAGUGUGGAGAAUUGGUAUACAGUCGACUCUCUCUUUACGGACACCUCUGUAAAACGGACACUUAGAGUUGGUCCCUGCCUUUCUUUACUCCUUUUAUUUGACUCUCUAUAAGACGGACACCUCUCUAAGACGGACACUUAGUGCCGGUCCCAAAGGUGUCCGUCUUGGAGAGAGUUGACCGUAUUGGGUUAACUGGGUCAUUGCUUUUUUGGGUGUGUUCAAGCCAAUAAUAGAAGGCAGGAAAUUGAAAUUCAAAGCUCUGACAUACAUUGUUGCGUCAUUCAUCCAGGGGUAAUUUUCCGCGGUUUAUAAUCUAUGCUGUACAUAAAUCUGUCUGUGUUUUUUCCCAGCCUUACAGAGCUCGAGAUUUUAAAGAACUCAAGUGCUUUUCUGUGGACGACGAAAAAACUCUGAUGAGUUGGACGAUGGCUGUUAGGAUUGCAAAGGUAAACUUUAUUAAUUUGAUGUUUCGGUUCAUUGACACGACCGUUAAUAGCAGUUGAUGUAAGCAUUUUAAAAUAAUUGCUUUGAAGCCACUCUUCAAUCUUUCGCUUAGCAUGUAGUCCACUGCUUUCCAAGCGGAGAGUGACUUCGCGUCUGAGAAUCAAUCUACUGCCUGUGUUUUAAAAUCCACUGACGUUCGUUGUCUGUAGUAAACAGAUCUUCUCGAAUUGUUUUUAUUGUUUAAAGGUGGGACAAAGUGGUUCUCACUUUUGCCUUUUGGAAAUCUUAACUUAAGUAGAAUACCCGGCUUGGCACUUACAAGUGACCGCAAUUAUAAAACCGUGGUGAAAUCAUACAACAGAACUUUAAGAAGGUGCCCUUUUGUAAGCGCAUUUUGUGAUAUUUAGGAUCGCUCUACUAAAUGUUUGAAUUUAUGCACGGAUGAAACUCGAUAUUUUAGCAAGACUGCAUUUGUUUCCUCGUGUCGAUUCUUGUCGCCGGCGCUUGUUCCUAAGACAAUUCGCCACACCUGUGUUUUGACGUUUGUCGGUGGUUGUCAAAGCCAAACUUGGAAACUCAACUAGAGGAUGUCUAUGAAGUAUAAAAUAGAAAUUGAGUAGCGGAAGUCGAAUAUAAGCGUGACCCUCAGCGUGACCUGGCGUAGUCUUCCGGUCUGUUCCAGCUGCGCAUCAAAAGUCUCUGGCGCCAAGCGUAUUGACAGAUUGUAAGCGAAACAAAUAAAAAAAAUCACACGAAAAAUUACUUUUUUUGUAAUUUAGUGUAUAUCUUAUUUGUUUUACACUUUUCCUUUUGAGGCGAUGUUGUUUCUGUUUUCGAUCUUUUGUUUGUUGUUUUGUGGAUGCCCUUGACUAAUUUUUCCGUUUUCGCCUCAUCAAUUUCCUUAGCGAAGGCGAAGGACGUCAUUGCGGUAAACGCUGAAUCACAUGUAGUAUGUCUGAGUUCUUCUCCCACUCAUCUGUUCGCUGUUGAUAGUGUUCAAACUCAGGGAAGUUGAUUUAAAGGGGCUGUGUCACGGCAGUCCAGUUCAUUUUGUCUUACUUUGCUAAAUUACUCGCCCUUGAUCGCUAUGAAACUUAACGUAAGCAAAGAAAUUACAUGUAAAUGACAAAAUCAGGGAUCCGAGACAAACAAAUAUGUCUCCUGAGCAUUAUUUUUGAAGUUGCAAGCAGCAGGGGUCAACUUUGAAAAACUGUUAGGCUGAACAGUUUUCAAAAACCCUAAUUUCACUGAAUCCGUUUCAAUCUUCUUCAGUUUUGCCAAGAGACUAUGACGUAGGGUCUGAGGUAGUCUCUUGGUUUUGCCCAUCCGUGGCAUCUGUAGUUUCUGUUAUGUUAUUUUAACCUUCCUUUAAAGUUAAAAGCUGAUAUUUUUGUGUUUCUCUUAAUUUAACGGGCAUUUUGUAAUUUGCUAAUUUGGCUGAAUUUCGUGACACAGUAAGAAAGUAAGAAAUGAGAAAUUGCCGGUUCAGAAUCUGUCAUCUGAAAAAGAACCUUUUCGUAAGAACGUUUCAACAUGAAUUAUAACCAAGAAACAGGAGAAAGGAUACCGUACCAAAUUCACUGAUUUCAUAACUUACUUAUUCAUAGCGUGGCCCUUAUUUGAAGGAGGCGAAUAUUUUUGUUUCGUUUUUUUUCAAACACUAUGACGACAGCAUAGUUAGAGCGUAACAAAAUGGCCCUUUCCAGUUCAAAUAAAUAGCAGUAAUAGAGAUCUCAGACCUGUCAUUAUUUCAGUAUUAAUCAAGUCCAAAGUAAUCGCUGGGACGAUGCAGCGGUUUUUCGCGGUCAGCACUCUCUGGUAGAAAAGAUUGGGUGUACGUAGUUUUCACCUCACGGAAGCAUUAGAUUUGGCAAACUUACACAAAUUUGGUUGAGCACAUGGUAGCUGUAAUUUUUGUUUCUUCACUUCCACACGUCUGCACGUUCUACUUAAACUUGCUCUUUCCCAUUUUUCCCAUGAACAUAGUCGCAAAAUACAUAAUACGAAUAGCUUGUUAACAAACCUGAAAAAAGUUGUCUCUUCACCGUUUUUUUGUUCUACCUUCUAAGCCUGCAGAACAACUGCCUUUUUUUCGUGUUUUUCUGGUGAGCAAAGGCAAGCGGGAAGCGAGCGAAGGCGGUGUUUCGCGCUCUCGCUCCCUUCCUUCAAGUCUUCGCUCGCUUAAAAAUCGCGAAAAAAUAACGCCUGUUCUACAACGCUACUUUCCAGUUUCAGCUUGUUCUUCUGCUGCUGGAAUUAUCACAGGCUGAAUCUUUAGACGUUCUAGUCCGUUAGUCUUUCCUGUUCUCUUCGACCUUUCCUCGUCUUUAGUGACCUUUUUUCGUGAAACGAUCUAUGUGGUGUACCAAUACUUACAUCACAAUAUCCCCGCGGGCGGUGUAGGUGACUGCAGAUUUAUUGACAGUGUCUUUACAAGAAUAGAAAACAAACAAAAAAUCAACCGCUUAACUUGAAUUUCAACAAGGGUUUCAUAGUUCGUAUACAGCCAUCUCUUCCUCUACAAGAAGAUACCCAGAGUUGAGAGACUUUGCCCCCUUUUGUGAUAGAUCCGAAAUUGGUGGUGAAUUCCACUAUUUGUUCAAAUGUAAUCACUCAUCACUUUCUCAUGUAAGGGGUACCUUCUUGGAGAGCCCAUACUGGAUUAACAGUAAUUUUACGAAUAUGUUUUGCGAGCUUUAUUUUAUUUGUCAUGUCUAUGUGCGAUGAAAACAUCAUAAAUCUUUGUGCCUAUAAAGUUGAAAAUAUUCUAGAUUGUUAUAAAUCCGAACUCUAAUUUAACUUUCUUAACAUACGAGUAACGUAGAAGCUGUACAUAGCCAAGUAAUUUUUUUUAUGUUAAUGUUUAAUAUACAGUUGUUUUUCCUUUCUCUCUUACUUAACUUUUAUUUUACUUUGUUUCAUUUGUUGUUAUAUUGAUUGUUUUGGUACUGAAAUCUUCAUGUCGAAGAUAAAGUCAAUGAAGUCGUUGUCUUGUCAGACUACAACAAAAAAAAUUAUUUUUCUUAAGGAACUCGUCUGGCAGUGCGGAAAGGCUAGUAAUGAGUUUAGGAACUGAGGAACUUGUAGUACAGAAAAACGUGAUGUCAUAAUCUGUAUGCUAUCUGCUGAUUACAAUUUGUGAAAAAAAAAAGAACAAGUGUCAUGGUAACAAGCUUGGCGGACGUCACGUACAUCAGUUGCCAUAAAUAGUUCAAGUAUCAUGCCCCUUCAAGAUGCAUGAGGCAGGAAAUAUAUAGCCAAAUACCUUGUACAACUCAGAUAGCUCCGUUAUUGCCGUCUGAAGGCCAGCGCUAAGCAACGUAUAUUGUUCGUUUGCUUUUCAGUUUGGACCGCAACUACGACAGAAUUACGACGAUAUGCUCCGAAAGUUUGCGAAGCUCACGAAGUAUCUCGAUCGACAGAGUUCGGCGGGUAACCAUCAGGUGAGGGGAGUUUGUAGAGUCGUACUUAAACUCAAAGAUAAGAUGACGUUUGACAGUGUUUGGUGGAUUGGCUCUUUUGACUUGUGAUACUCUGACAUCGUUUUUAGCCUGCUUGCUUAACAAAUUCUUAUAAAAUUUGCAAGCAAUAAUUAGACUGAAUAUCUAAACUAAUUUCGUGUUUGCUUGGGUCUUGGGUUGCCACGCUGUGAUUGGCUGGCUGAAAAAAAAACCUCGCACCAUUUUGUAGCCAAUCAGAAGUAAAACUAAAACCAACCACGAGAUGCGCACAUGAGUUUUCCCGCGCUUUUUGUCAGCUGCACAUAUUUGCUUCGAGAUCUGAUUGGUUCGUCUAAAUUUCAGGCCGAAUGGUGAUUGGCUGGAGCAAUCUAAGACAUAAGUUUUACGCCAAUUGACUAAAAGCCUCGUAUUAUCAUUUAGCCUGCGUGGCUGGCGGUUUUUUUGGUGUGUUUUUGCUUUUGUGGUUCGUAAAGUAAGAAACACAACCGCGCGAAAGUUUUGAACCGAGGACGAAAAAGAAAGCGAUGUUUGGCAUUAUGAUCCGCCGACGCCAAUUUUGUCCUAAAAAGCUUGGGGAAGCCCUGUAAUUGUUUUGAAUUGGAUAAUAAUAGUUGUCGAGCCAUUUUAGAUAUCCGCGGCGAGAACUAACCAAUCUAGCCUUAUUAGGUCUUGAAUGUAAGUACGAGAUAAGUGACAUGUCUCUGUUUUGGUGACGUCUGACUGUCUCUUAAACAUAGCUACUUUGGUCCGUUAAGGCUAAUUUGGUCAGGCUACGAAUCCGGGGGGGAGGGCUACUCAACAAAGUUUCACACCGGUAGGCUCCGCUCGUAAGUCCAACCCCUUACCCUUUAGUAUACUAUUUUUGACAGAGAUGUUACCCUUUUCGUUUUAAUACUUUCUAUUGACAAAUGGUACCCCUUUCACGUGCCUAGCUUAAAACUUUGCGUCCCUUUUGACUGCUUUAAAUGCGCUGUCGUUUGGAAAUGAACAAAUCACAAAACCAGAACUUUUUCUCGACUUUUUCACUGCCAUAAAAAGCAUCUUUCACUUUUUAUGGACUUUUACAGACCGAAAUGACAGAUUUCUACCCCUUAAUAUACUUCAACCAGCUGUUUCAUAUACCUGAAGCCUGAGAAAGGUAACCCUUUCUAGCGGAGCCUUCCCAUAUAAGCCAUUAUAAGGAGUAACCCGGCCCCCCCUCCCACCCCCACCGGGCUACGAAUGCUUGUCUUGAUUCAAGAGACGCAAAUAUCCACCUAUAAGGAAAUUGUGUAGUCAUUACUUUGAUUGGCAAUGCGUCUGCUCGACGCGGCGUCUGUUGUUCGUCUAGUCAGCGCAAGACGUUUUAUGUUGGUUUUUAUGGCGUGUUUCUUUUUUAUUUUUUCAUUGGCGGUUACUACUUUUGAAAGAAAUGCACUACCCAAGAAACAAUACUCUAGUUCGACGAAAAUAAAACAGAACUGUUUUGGGGAUAGAAUCCGUACUUCCACCCUUCGUUGUAUCGCUAAGAAACCGCGUUAUGUGCCAAGAAUUUUUUUUAUGAAGAAAGUUCUCUUUAGAACUAAGAAAUUUUUAUGUUCUUGUUAUGUCGAUUGUCCAAAAACUAGGUGUUGGCCGGUAACGCUUAUUUCGGUACAUUUGGGUUUGACUCUAUUAAAUUUUAACCAUAAUGUUUUCCUUGGCCUGCGGAGCCAGUAUCUGUAUUAAUUAGAAAAUGAAAGCAAUAUCAGAGCAUUUUGUUCAGAGAUCCUAUGAUAAUCGUGUUAAACUUACGGCUAACAGCACGAUAGAAAAUUUGAAAUAUUGUUAAUUCGAUAUGGGACUGUUAACUUAGAUUUACAUUUUAACGCUUCGAUAAUUAUGUUACGUAAUUAUUUCAAGUACUCUAUCUUUAUUGGCCCACCUUGUGAAGUUAGGAAAUAAUUGGCUUCAAUUGAAUAUACUUUGCAGACUCGAUAUUUCUAACCUUCCGGAAAAAAGAAAUUGUUGUGUUUCAGUCGGGAACAAAUAUGAGCUUUGGUCAGUUUCGAAAAUAAAAAGAUUUGAAAAUAUCGGGUUACCACUAAACUGAUAAACGAAUAACUCGAACAAACGGUACGUCGUACUUGUUUCUUCUAGUCUUUAAUAUUACAAGGGAAAGAUCUGAGAUUUUAGAUGAGCAAUUCCGAAAAUUACCUACAACUCUUAACAAAAUCUUUCUGUGUUUAAUAAAUUUCCAGUCAAUUGGUUCCAUUUCAGUAUUUCAUCCGCAAAGAGCAUAAUGAACCGCAACUUAGGUGCUGGUCAAACAUUUCAUUUGACUGUAAACAUCCUUAGACAAAAUGCCCCCGCACCCGAAAAAAGUCUCAGUGUUUGUCUCUAAAACUUGGUUACAUGUCAAAAGCGCUUGUUUUUAAAAAGCACAUGACAUAACCUUUGAUGCAUUUCCUUUUAUAUUGUUUCUCUGAGGUCUUGAGAUAAAAGUGAGCUAACUUUGUGCCAUUGACAUAUUCGCUUCUACGUAACUGGCGAUUAGAAAGAGUCAUUCAAUGUUUUAAGUGGAUAAUAACUUUUCGACACAGCGAUAAAACUCCAUGAGGUAAAAACAGAGUGUUUACCUUCACGAUUCGUUUGAAAGAAAAGUCGCCCCAUUCUUCAGCUUUAAAACACUGAAAUGCCGUCUAAGGUAAUUAUUGUCUGAGUUAAAUUGUUGCCCACGUCUUCUGGGAUAUUAUGUUGGUUAUUGUUUUUGUUGGCGAGAAUUCCUGUCCGUUGCUGUUCUAUCUUGAUCUUCGUGGGAAGUCUCGAGUCUCGAGGUAUUUGGUGAAUUUUUAGGUUCAGGACUGACAGCUUAAAAGUUCGGAGAAGUACUUUCCUUUAUGGUGCUUUUGAAAUGGCCUUUGAGAAAGUCCGCUCAGUUCUCAGUAACGUUUGAGUCUUUGGGUGAAAUCUCAAACUGUCACUCUCCAAGUGGAAGCUACUGAACAGCAUUUUCCCUGGUUCUGUUUAGCAUGCGGUUAGCGUGGCUUUUAAUUUUUUAAAAGUGUCACCAUUCAAACGAAAGCUAAUGAAUUGGUACUGGUUAUUUUGCUGUAUGAUCAUGAUUAAAUCUACUGAGCAACAAUUUGCUGUCGCUGGUACUGUCUACUGUGCUGUACAAGCUGGUUCUAACUUUUGAGUCUGUGGAUGAGAUCCUAAACUGGGGCAGUACUGAGCAGUACUUUCGGUGGCACUGUUUAUUAUGCUGUACAAAGGGGUUCUUUCUUUUGAAUCUGUGGAUGAAAUCCUGAAGUGUGACCAUUCAAAUGAAAGCUACAGAGCAGUACUUUCUUGUGGUACUGUUUAUUGUGCUGCGCAAGGUGGUUCUAACUUUUGAGUCUGUCGAUGAAAUCCUAAAUUGUGACCCUUCAAAUGAAAGUUACUGAGCAGUACUCUAGUUUCUACUACUGUCUAUUAUGCUGCAUAAGAUGGUUCUAUCUUUUUGUGUUAGUGAAUGAAAUGCUAAGGUGUGACCGUCAACUGAAACCUAUUGAGAAGUACUUCCUCGUUUUGCUGUACAUCAUGUUGUACAAAAGAUUUUAAUAUGAACUUUGUACUAAGUCUUUAGAUGAAAAUGCCAUGUGUAAGCAUUUAUACGAAAUCUAUUUAGCAUGACCUUGAGUCGGUACUGACUGUAUAUGAUGCUACACAUACAACGUGUUGAAUGUCAAGUACGUUACCCAUUAAGUGGCUUGGUAUUUCUUGGUAAACCCGGAAACGUUUGAGCGAGUGUUUAUACCAAGAAGAAAGUCAAAUAUUUGACCUGUUCUAUGUAAGUGACCGAUGGGAUAACGGUGUUUUGUCGAAGUUGUUAAAGGUGAAAACGGAGGUAGAGGGCAUUGCGUAUGUAAUAGAGCUUAACAUAUCCCAAUUCUUCUCAAGUUUGAAUCACGCUGGUCAAUUUCUGAAUGACUCCAAGUUUUCUUGAGAUUCGCAGACACCCGACGAAGGAUUUACGCAAGAUAUUUCCUAGAAUUUACCCGGAACAGUUCGUUUUUUUUGUUGUAUUUUUUGUUUUGUUCAUUUUUCCGAGGAUUAACGAAGGAACUACAAGCCCCGUUUCUACUGUACUUUAACAGUCUUCUUUAUUUACUUUCCUACCUCUGAUUUCACUUUUUAAACAUUUUCGAGGAAACAACGUGAACUCAUCGAACACUAACAGAACAGGUUAGUAUUCUUGAUUGACCCUUCUUUACGGAAAGUGUUGAAAGGUAGUGGUAGUUGUAAAACCUUGGUCUUGUCUGACUUUUCAACGUGUUGCUGCUUAAAAUUUUCCAACUUUGGCGUUUAAACAAAUCACAAAAGUUGACCUAUUCUCAGUACCGGAAAUAAAACAAGAGUAUUUUCAUAACAAUAGAUAUCCCACAAUUCAUUACGUUGUAUAUAUGACCACCAUUCUUUCUAUUGUGUGCGUUUGAUAACAUCUUUAAUAACAUCUCAGAGGGUGGUCAGCGACCCACCCUCUCAGCCCUCACGCGGUGCACUGCCUUCAAUGCGCGUGAACGUACCGCUGUCCACACCUGUGAACAGCGACCAUUUUCACCCCUCCAUAUUCACUGUGUAUUCAUGAUUAUUGUGGAUAGUGAGAAUAAGUUAUUGUUAAUUUCAGAAUAUUAUGAGCGAGAGAGACGGAGGGGAGAUUAUAAACAGCAUAACAACCAAGGAAGGGCAAGUAGCGAUGGAUUUCACCGGCAAAUCAGGAAAGGUCAUCACAAAUACCAAAGAAAUUCAGAAACUUGCGAACACUCGAAACAAAGUGGUAAGCAAUGAGUAAUGUGGCCGCAAAUUCUUAACCUCCCUCAGUGCUAAAGAGUAAUUUAACUAAAACGGCAUAUUAUAAGUUCCCCUUUAUCUUGUCCAGUUAUUGUAUCCCUAAAUUCUAUUUAUUAUAAACUGUUGCACUCGAGAGUGAAUUGAAAAAUAAAAUACACAUGCCAAGGACGGAAUAGAGCGAUUUUCGUUCGACCUUGAAACGAUUACGCAUGAACCAACCCAAACAACGAGCGCAACUUUUUGUUUUUUUAGCGAACACGCAAAGUAUUCACAGCUGUAGAUUAACUGCUCGAAAGUAAUUAUCCAUAACUUGGGGAACAGAAACUGUUUUUACCAUCUUAGGGUUUUCUUUGGCGGGAAAAUGACGAGUCCAUUUUUUUACGGUUGCUUUGGUGCUACACAAUUUGAUUGGCUAACAAAUUCUGUGCUACUUUCUCAACCAAUCAAAGGCAAAGGCACAACCAGUAGUGAUGUGUUCACGCACGUUUUCCCGUCCUUCAUGUCCGCUGCUUUAUAUCUGUUGCGACUUCUGAUUGGCUUUUGCUAUUGUCUGCGUCCGUUGUGAUUGGUCAGUUUAGCUUUGGUUGAGACUUAAUGGUUGUACUCUAAGGCGAAAAAACUGUUUCCUUGCUUUGCAUAUGGACCACUGUGAAUAUGAUUUGCAAUCUUAGUACAUUAUUUUUAAUGAGUAGCUCUGACUUCAAUUUUGUUUUUCACACAGAAAAUCAGUCAGCGCUCUGCAUCUCAGAACUUUAUACACUGCGACACUACGGCUGAUGGUAAGAGAUUCUUUGUGGUUUAAGUCUGAAAAUGCUUCUCUACAGAUCGUUUUCAAAUGACGUCAGAAUUUCCCGCGCUUAACACCGGUUUAUCAUGGUGUGCUGGCCAUGUUUUCCUGCGCCCUGAACUGGUAUCGUUUUUCUCGCGCUAAUCACAAAGCCAAGCGCGCAACUCUGGCCAGCGCAUGAAAACAUAAAAUUGGCUGCACGAAAAGCUAAAGCGCGUUGGUCCUGUUUCAUUACGUCAUACACAUUUGCUUUGAUUGGCUAGUUUUAUUCCCUGUAAUUAUGGUUUCGCUAAAUGAUUUUUUAUAGUGAACGGCCCUAAUCCAGUUGUCUUACCUGAAACGCCCGCUAGAACGCACUACUUUACGUCAGAGCCGUGGUACCAUGGGCGGAUCACAAGAGAACAAUCACUCAAGCUACUGUUAGCUGCAGGAGUACACGACGGGUAAGACACCCAGCUAUUGUUGCUUGUCUUGUUAAGUUAUUUUCUAUCUGAAAAUUGAAUUCCACAAAUAAUGGUCCAGUUUUGUUAUUUAAGACAAUAUUUAGGCUUUGAAAAUGGUUCCUGUCGUCUUUUGCAAAGAAUGGCAAGGAUGGACACUGAUUGAACUUUUUGAAGUUUUAAAGCUAUGCUCUCUAAAAUUACCAUAAAAGUUAUUAUGGUCAGUGCCCCCUGAUGAAAUAUAUUUGAUAUCUAUUUAAUAACUCUAGAGGGUCCCAAAUAGGUUUUUCGGGAUCCGGGAUUUCCCUUAUUUGAAGCUCGGGAUUCGGGAUUUUAAAGCUGUAUCGGGGCGAUAUUCGGGAUUGAAAGUAUACUUGGGAGGUGGGAUGCCAAAAAUAACCCUCGGGAUUACGGGAUUGAAGAACCCUAUUGGGGACAAGGGGACCCUUACUCUACAGGGGCAUUUUGUGUACAGGCACAAAGUAAUGACUUCAGCACAGAAUUAAUCAAAACCAGCAAAAUCCUCGUGACAUAACCCAUUUAAGUUUGCGCGGAGAUGUGAUGCCACUGAGUAACAACACUAGCGUUACUUCCAGUUUCGCUCGCAGUUGCUAUAUUAACAGCCACAAGCUCUUAGUUGUCUAUGUACCGGUAGCGUGCUCCCUUGCGUGGAGUCGUGAAGAAGAAUGAGGUUCUAACUUUCUAGUCUGUGUAUGAAAUCCUGUGCUGCGACCAUUCAAACAAUACUUCUUUACGGCUGCAUAUGCCCGGUGCUAUUUGAUUUCCGUAUUACUUGUGAGAAAACGAAAUGAAUGAAUUUUAAUCCGGGGCACUCGUGCCAACGAACGGAUUAGAGUUUGAGCUUCGUAUUUUGAAAAUGCUGUUUGAAUUUGCGAUAAACAGCAGGGUCAUACAUUAAACUACAGGGACGGGCCAUCAGUAAAGUUGUGGCGGUUUUUUUUGCCAGUGCAGGAUAUUUUUUAGGACUACUCCGCGUGUACGAUUUUUUCAUUCAAUUUCCCCUUGCGCAAAGAACUUCGCCUUCCAACCCCCAAUAACGUUUCUUAUGGUGUGUCCCUUACCGUACAUGUCAAAGUUACCUUUUAAUAAUUUCUUUUUUAUUAUUAUUAUUUCUUUAACCAGCCUGUUCCUGGUUCGUGAGAGUACCACCGUUGCUAGAGUCUUUGUGCUGACCUUCUGUAUGAACAAAAGAGUCUACCACUGUCAGCUAAUCCAGGUAAAUUUUAACUAGGAGGAGAUGUGCUAGGAGGGGGGAUUCACUUUCCCCGGUUAUUUGCGCAAAAAUUAAGCCCCCAAAAGCCUGAGAACCAGGGGGAGAGGGGGGAGGAGAGAAGCGAAAUGAGACAGCCGCUCCCAAAGAACCAGUAUGUAAACCUGGGCUCCUCUGCAACCCAGGUUUAUUUUAAAUAGAAGCUUAUUUGAGGGAUAGCUAGGACGAACCAAGAAUCUCUUGGAGGAACUGAGCGUCAUCAUUUGUUUUUACUUGGUUGCAGGACAUUUGUGAUGGCACUCAGACGUUCUUUAGCCUCGGCAAAGGACCAGCAUUUAAAACACUCAAAGAACUGAUCCACUUCUACCAAAAGAAGCCUUUGAAUGGAGUUUCUCUUGCUUUGCGGAUGCCCUGUCCUAAAACAGAAUACUCAGGAUACAUCGAGUCAUAAUGUGUUUUACAACGCGCUGGGUUUGCGGUUGAUUGUACCACCAUUCAAAUCACGGGGCACUUGACAGAAGACGCUUGGAAAACGCUUGUAAAGUGUUCUACUGCAGUUCUAUUUCAAAAGGGAGGGGAAGUGAAUACCGGAAAAGUUAAAUCACUUUUGUACGUAUUUAGAAAGUUAGAGUCCAAGAAGAUCGAGCACAUACCCUUAUACAGGCGGCUAUCUUGGUUGCAAAUGUACCGAGUCUAUCAAAUCUACUUAGGUGGGG